UAUUAUUAUUUUCAGAUGGAACAGUGAAGCUUGAGAAGAUAGAAGUGGAAGAUGACCUGGUGUGGGUGGAGUAAGUUGUGUAAGUAUAUGGGCUCCAGCUGCUGCGUGACAGUGGUGGUGUGAUCAAGAUUAGAAUUAGCAUGCUCUUACGCCACCUUCCAAUAAACUCGAAGCUGUUGCUGCACACCAAUACUCGCCUCUUGUCUAGUACCAGUGCUUCUGCCACAGACACAAUCACAAUCACACCUACAAUUUUGAAAGAAUGCAAUUCCUUAGCCCAUGCAAAAGUGUUGCAUCAGCAAAGCAUCGUGCAAGGUCUUAUCCAGUUUAUGACCAACCUCAUAGGCACAUACAUAGCAUGCAAUUGUACUGCAACUGCAAUUUUGCUUCUAGAGCGGAUUCCCCCAUCCGAAUCGUCUGUUUUCUGGUGGAAUCAACUGAUAAGGCGCGCCGUUCAUCUGGGAAUCCCUCAUGAUGUGUUUACUCUCUACCGUCGAAUGAAAGCACUUGGGUGGACCCCUGACCAUUACACCUUCCCUUUUGUUUUCAAAGCUUGUGCUGAUCUUCCCUCUUUAUCUCUCGGUGCUUCCCUCCAUGCUGCCAUUUCUCGAUCUGGGUUUGCUUCCAAUGUAUUCGUUUGUAAUGCCGUUGUUGCCAUGUAUGGGAAGUGCGGUGCUCUCCCUCACGCACACAACAUGUUUGAUGAAUUGUGUCGCAGAGGCAUUCAGGACUUGGUUUCUUGGAAUUCUGUUGUGUCUGCUACUAUGUGGGCUUCCGAUGCCACUACUGCUCUUGCGUUGUUUCGUAAAAUGACUAACGUGCAUUGGAUAUCCCCAGACGUUGUCAGCCUCGUUAAUAUUCUUCCAGCUUGUGCUUCCCUUUCUGCCUCAUUGCAUGGCAAGCAGGUUCAUGGUUUUGCCAUUAGAAGUGGGUUAGUGGAUGAUGUUUUCGUGGGGAAUGCUAUGGUGGAUAUGUAUGCUAAGUGUGGAAAGAUGGAGGAAGCAAAUAAGGUUUUUCAGAGGAUGAAGUUUAAGGAUGUUGUUUCUUGGAAUGCCAUGGUCGCUGGCUAUUCUCAAGCUGGCAGAUUGGGACUUGCUCUUUCUUUGAUUGAGAAGAUGCAGGAGGGAAUCAUUAAGUUAGAUGUUGUGACAUGGACUGCUGUUAUAGCGGGGUAUGCGCAGAGAGGGCAAGGUUGUGAAGCUCUGGAUGUGUUUAGGCAGAUGUGCAACUGUGGUUCUCGCCCGAAUGUAGUCACUCUCAUCUCUGUACUUUCAGCAUGUGCAUCUGUUGGAGCCUUGCUUCAUGGGAAAGAAACUCAUUGUCAUGCCAUCAAAUUUAUUCUCAACUUAGAUGGACACUAUCCGGGGGAUGACGAUCUGAUGGUGAUUAAUGGUCUAAUUGACAUGUAUGCUAAGUGCCAAAGCACAGAAGUGGCUCGCAUGAUGUUUGAUUCAGUAUCUCCAAAAGAAAGGGACGUGGUUACCUGGACUGUAAUGAUUGGCGGAUAUGCCCAGCAUGGUGAUGCCAACCAUGCCCUACAACUUUUCUCCGAAAUGUUCAAAAUGGAUAACUCUAUAAAGCCUAAUGAUUUUACCAUAUCGUGUGCCCUUAUGGCUUGUGCUCGUUUGGCAGCAUUGAGGUUUGGUAGGCAAAUUCAUGCUUAUGUGUUGCGCAAUCAUUAUGAUUCUAUUGUUCGAUUUGUGGCUAAUUGUCUCAUAGACAUGUAUUCCAAAUCUGGAGAUGUAGAUACAGCUCAAAUUGUUUUUGACAACAUGCCAGAGAGAAAUGCUGUCUCUUGGACGUCUUUAAUGACAGGCUAUGGCAUGCAUGGCCGUGGUGAAGAUGCUCUCCGGGUUUUUGAUGAGAUGAGGAAAGUGCCUCUAGUGCCUGAUGGCAUAACCUUUCUUGUUGUGCUUUAUGCUUGUAGUCAUGCCGGAAUGGUGGAUCAUGGAAUUGAUUUCUUUUAUAGAAUGAGCAAGGAUUUUGGGGUGGAUCCUGGAGCAGAGCAUUAUGCUUGCAUGGUUGAUCUUUUGGGUCGUGCUGGUCGUUUAGAUGAAGCUAUGAAGCUUAUUAAUGGAAUGCCCGUGGAACCGACCCCAGUAGUGUGGGUGGCGUUGCUUAGUGCUUGUCGGACACAUUCGAAUGUGGAACUUGGGGAAUUUGCUGCGAACCGCUUGACCAAAUUGGAGUCCGGGAAUGAUGGGUCAUAUACAUUGCUUUCAAACAUAUAUGCUAAUGCCAAACGCUGGAAAGAUGUGGCAAAGAUUAGAUAUUUGAUGAAACAUACUGGAAUCAAGAAAAGACCCGGUUGCAGCUGGAUCCAAGGAAGGAAAGGCGUUGUAACCUUCUUUGUGGGAGAUAGAUCUCACUCACUAUCUCCGCAAAUAUAUGACAAACUUGCGGACUUGAUUCAACGCAUUAAAGCUAUUGGGUAUGUUCCUCAGACAAGUUUUGCUCUUCAUGAUGUAGAUGAUGAAGAAAAAGGUGACAUGCUCUCUGAACAUAGUGAGAAGUUGGCUCUUGCCUAUGGCAUCCUAACAUUAUCUCCAGGAGCACCUAUUCGAAUAACCAAGAAUUUACGCAUCUGUGGUGAUUGCCACAGUGCCAUUACCUUCAUAUCUAAGAUUAUUGAGCAUGAGAUCAUACUAAGAGAUUCAAGUCGCUUCCAUCAUUUCAAAAACGGAUCCUGCUCAUGCCAAGGGUACUGGUGACAAUGGAAUCAACAGAUUCCAUUUAAUUUAUGACAUUUUUUAUAUGAGAGAGGUAAGGUAACUAUCUUAUUUUACUACUAUAUUAGAAGUUUAAAGUUAUCCUUAUAAUUGGAACCUUGUUUUAAGAUAUUAAAAAAUUAUAAUCAGGUGACUAAUUCCUUCAUACCUUCUACUUCAUAUUUAUAAUUAUUAUUGGGUUAUACAUCAUGCUUUAUAUUCCUUUCUCUUAUAAUCCAUUUCUUUUCGCCCUUAUUUUAUGUGGGCUUUUUGUUAGAAGACUCAGACCAAGUUAGCUAUUGUUACGCAUCUAAAAGGAAUUCGGAUUCUCUUCCGUUUUGGUAUGAACAUAACAAUCCAGUCAAUAUUCGCUUAAGUGCAUUUAAGCAUGAAUUCCCAUGACGGAAUUUGAAGCUCGCCUAUGUGAGACGAAAAUGCCAUAAGCUAUUGCUUAGUGAGUUCAAACAGUAUUAUUAAUCUUAAGUAAAAUUGAGACAGAUUAAUGGUUGAGAAUCCUAUGUUUAGCUUAAGUGAAAUUCAAUUUGCCUAGGCGAAUGUUCAAAUUAUUUAAGCAGGGUAACCUCAAGUAAAAACCGAAUCGUUUAAG